UCUUGCUCUCAUAUUUCUUCACUCCAAAGCCAAGGAAAAUCUGCAGUCUCUAAAACAUCCUCCUUUACAUUUCCUAUCUUUCUUUCUUUGAUAUAUAGUAUUUAAAACUUCAGGUUCUACAGAAAUCUAUCAUCAUGGGUGUUGUGACUUAUGAAAUGGAGGUUGCUACAACAAUCCCAGCAGCCAAGAUGUUCAAGGCCUUUGUCCUUGAGGGAAACACCCUCAUUGCAAGGAUCUUGCCUCAGGCUAUCAAGAGUAUUGACAUUCUUGAAGGAGAUGGUGGUGCUGGAACUAUCAAGCAAAUUAACUUUGGGGAUGCCAGCCAAUUCAAGUAUGCAAAGGAGAGGACAGAUGCAGUAGACAAGGAGAAUUUAACAUAUGCAUACACAAUGAUCGAAGGAGAUGUGUUGAUUGGAAAACUUGAAAAGAUAUCUAAUGAGAUUAAGUUUGAGGCAACUCCUGAUGGAGGAUGCCUCAUCAAGUCUCUCAGCAAGUACUACACAAUUGGUGAUUUUGAGCUCAAACAAGAGGAUAUCAAGGCUGGGAAAGAAAAAUCCAUGGGUCUGUUCAAGGCUGUGGAAGGCUACCUCUUGGCAAAUCCUGAUGCCUGAAUCUGAAAAUGUUUCAUUUUUUAUGUUUGUGUUUGAAGUAUCGAUGAAAGUUGGUGGAGACGUUGUUUCUUUUGUAUGGCCAGAACUGAAACUUGGCAGUAUUAUUUUAAUUGUAUUGGUGUGAAAUUCGGGUGCAUGUUAUUUCCAUUUAAUUGAAGAGUAAUAUUAUUGUAAUAAAAUACUGAAAUAAUUGAUUAGAAAAGUAUGCUUGUUCAA